AUGGCAUCGGCUUACGGUUGCGGUGGAACGAUGGAGGCGACUCAAAGAAAACAUCCGCGUGGACAAGAACAGAAUCUGUUUUUGGAAACAAUCGUUCGGAUCGCACUGACGUGCAUUUACAUAGCCCUUGAGUUUAAAGAACCGUUUGUGCGCAAGAUACAACCGGAAGAGUUGUGGCUGUACCGAAACCCGCGCACGGACAGCUACGUCCCGCUGACCAUCCUGUGGCCCAUCGUGCUUGGUAUUCCCGGUUUAGUAUUCACUCUACAGUACCUGAGAACGCGUGACCGCCAAGAACUUCGUUGUGCCGUGCUUGCCUUCACGCUAGGUCUCGGACUGAACGGUGUGGUGACGAACACGAUCAAGAUUGCGGUAGGCCGGCCAAGGCCUGACUUCUUCUGGCGUUGCUUUCCAGACGGUGCAAUAAACGAUGACCUACGCUGCACCCAAACCGAGGCACGUGUCUUGAUGGACGGACGGAAAAGCUUCCCAUCUGGCCAUUCUUCCUUUGCAUUCGUAGGACUCGGUUUUCUCACAUGGUACCUUAUCGGGAAGCUGCAGCUAAUGAACGAGCGUGGCCGCGGCCGUUCCGUGAGGCUGAUAGCGGCUGCAUUGCCGCUAUUUGCCGCAACAAUGAUUGCGAUCAGUCGAACAUGUGACUAUCAUCACCACUGGCAAGAUGUGACGGUAGGUUCGCUGAUCGGAUCACUGCUUUCGUACCUAUGCUAUCGUCAGUAUUAUCCGCGAUUCGCUGAUCGCAAUUGCCAUCUUCCGUACCUGCACCAACAGCACGGAGAUGGUGCACCGGGUUCCUCCCUGCUUCACACUCCAACUCGCAGCAAGCGCUCCCCGCAACUGUUAACUCCAGCUGAGUCACCCCUGACCGCAAACUACGACGCACAUCCGGAUGGUCGAGCUGAGGAAUCGGAUAACGAAUCCCGUAGGUUGCUUCCUUCGCCCGUCGAGCAGAAGGAGGCAAAAUGGAUUUAAACCAGGCAUUGCAGGCAAGCAACUUGUGCCACCAAGCGCAAAACCCCCACAAGAUAGCGAACCGCCCACAACCCACACACUACCGCAGAU